AGAGAGAGAGAGAGAGAGAGAGGGGCGUUUUAUUUUAGAGAGAUUCGGGGGACGCACGUCGCCCGCGAAGAGGCCAUAAGCGCUAGAUCUACAGAUCCAUCUCUCUCUCUCUCUCUCUCUCUCCUCUUCUUCGAUCUCGAGCUCCUCCGUAAUGGCGACGGCGAGGGCGAGCUCCGGCCUCGCGUACCCGGAGAGGUUCCACGCCGCCGCCGCCUACGCCGGCUUCGCCGGCGGCGGGGGCGGCGGCGCGAUCUCGAGGUUCCAGAACGACGUGGCGCUCCUCCUCUACGGGCUCUACCAGCAGGCUACGGUAGGGCCGUGUAACGUUCCGAAACCGAGAGCUUGGAACCCUGUGGAGAAUAGCAAAUGGACUAGUUGGCAUGGCCUGGGAAACAUGGCUCCAGCAGAAGCAAUGCGUCUCUUUGUGAAAAUUCUGGAGGAGGAAGAUCCUGGUUGGUAUUCCCGAGUUCCUGAGUUCACCAUCGAGCCUAUUGUAGAUGUUCAAAUGCACAACCCUAAACCAGAGGCAGCCCUGGAGUCAGCUGCUCCGAACAGUAUCCCCUUUCCAGAGCCUAAAACCAUUUCCACAGAAAAUGGAAGUGCUUUGGAGACCCAGGAUAAGGAUGUUGUUAUGGAAGGUCUUGGUUCCAUUCGUAAUUACGAUCACUGGACUGCACCGUCAGUAACUAGACAGCACCCAAAACCCCGCUAUGAGCAUGGAGCAGCUAUAGUGGGGGAAAAAAUGUACAUUUUUGGUGGAAAUUACAAUGGGCGCUACCUCAGUGACCUUCAGGUUUUGGAUCUUAGAAGUUUGACUUGGUCUAAGAUAGAGGCUAAAACACAAGCAGGAUCUCCAGAAUCAUCUAGCACCAUUGCUGUUUCUCCUUGUGCUGGCCACUCUUUGAUUUCCUGGGAGGGCAAAAUUUUAUCUAUUGCAGGACACACUAAAGAUCCUUCGGAAACAGUUUCAGUGAAGGAAUUUGAUCCACGAACCUCUACUUGGUCAAAUUUGAAGACUUAUGGGAAGCCACCGAUCUCUCGAGGAGGCCAGUCAGUGACCCUUGUUGGGACAACUUUAGUCAUGUUUGGUGGCGAAGACGCAAAGAGAUCUCUUUUAAAUGACUUGCACAUUCUUGAUCUUGAGACUAUGACAUGGGACGAUAUUGAGGCCAUAGGUAUUCCUCCUUCGCCGAGGUCAGGCCAUGUUGCUGCUUGCCAUGCAGAGCGAUAUCUCUUGAUUUUUGGUGGGGGCUCUCAUGCAACGUGCUUCAAUGAUCUACAUGUCCUUGACCUGCAAACAAUGGAGUGGUCAAGACCUAAACAGCAGGGUUUGGUUCCAGGCCCGCGAGCUGGGCAUGCGGGUGCAACAAUAGGAGAAAGUUGGUAUAUUGUCGGUGGCGGUGAUAAUAAGACUGGGGCUUCUGAAACUCUGGUGCUUAACAUGUCUGCAUUGGUAUGGUCAGUUGUUACAACCGUUCAAGGACGUGUGCCUCUUGCCAGUGAGGGCUUGAGUUUAGUUCCUUGCACCUAUAAUGGAGAAGAUUUUCUUGUGUCAUUUGGAGGAUACAAUGGACGCUACAGCAAUGAUGUCUACGUUCUUAAACCGAGCCACAAAUCUGACAUCGAGUCGAAGAUGGUGGAUGGACCUGUUUCUCAGCCGGACAGUGUCAACCCCCUAUUCAUCUCACCAAAUGCUAGCAGGGAUGUGGAACCUGAGAUUGAAGCUACUACUCAAGAUGGAAAGAUAAGAGAGAUUGUGAUGGAUAAUGUUGAUUCAGCUGCGAAUAUCAGAAGUGAGGAAACAAGCGAAAAACUUCUGGAAGCCCUAAAAGCCGAGAAAGAGGAAUUAGAAGCAACACUUAACAAGGAACAACUGCAGACCCUCCAGCUUAAGCAAGAGCUUGCUGAUGCAGAGAAUAGAAAUUCAGAACUUACAAAGGAGCUUCAAUCUAUUCGUGGUCAACUUGCUGCUGAACAAUCAAGGUGUUUCAAACUUGAGGUGGACGUUGCGGAGCUACGGCAAAAGCUACAGUCGAUGGAAGCACUUCAGAAGGAAGUCGAGCUGCUUCAACGGCAGAAAGCGGCUUCUGAACAAGCUGCUCUGAACGCUAAGCAGAGGCAGAGCUCUGGUGGCAUGUGGGGUUGGAUCGCUGGAACCCCGCCGGACAGGUCUGACUCCUAAAACGAAUGAUGUAAGAAGCACUUUGGUCGAUUCAUCCAGGUUAAAUAUAACUCUACUCUCCUGCAGUUUCAUCAAUCCUUCACAUAAUAGUAUUUUGGUUUGUGUUCGUUUAAUUCAUUACAAUAAGUGAUCAAAAUUUAGGUGAGGUUGUAUUCUAGUGCUUAUAGAAAUCGAUUCCUAGGCACUUUUUUCUCCCUUAUAUAUUGCUUAAUGAGGUUCACAGUUUCUUCGGUUUCAUUUUUCAUUUUUCUUUUUUUUUUUUGUUUUGUUUCGUCGUGUCUCGUAGUAACUUCUGUCACUAUAGAAUUUGAAAAUUACAUAUUAUUGUAUAAUUUAGUUUUACAGUCAGAACAGCACUGGACCUCGUCUAUCAAACUGUUUGUUCCUCUUUUUUUUUUAUGACAAGUCAAAUUCAUGUUCUUUAAGAAGUGGCAAGUACCAUUAUUUACAACAGAUUGUGCCGAUAUUUCUUGUUCCGGCGAAUAACAUGUACUUCUUUUGAUU